GAGUAAAGACACGAUUUAUACCUCGAAAAGAUAAUAAAGAAUGACUGACACUGCCAAUGUUGGUAAACAAGAAAAAGAGACAGAAGUUUCUUUAAACGAGAUGUUCAAAGUCUACUGUAGUUUCGAUGCAAUUUCAAGAGAAAUGAACGUCGAAUUGCUGCCGUUGUCUCAGAUCGAUAAGUGGUUAUACAUAGCUCAAAUAUUAGAUUUGCAUAACGUAACGACUACGGACACUGGACUUUGUUUUUUCAAAUUCCGUAAGAGAGCAAUUAACUACGAGGAAUUUCUGGAAUAUAUUCGAGAUCUUGCCAAUAUUAAGAAGCUUAAGCUCGACGAUAUAGAACAUAAACUGCGAACUUGUGCUUUACCAGCAGAAAAACAAAAAUAAAAAAUAGAUGAAGUUGAAAA